UAGGUUGCUUCAAAAUAAACUUUUCCGCUUUUAUUGACUUAGAAAACUGAGCUAAAAAUACUUUUCUGCAUCACCAUUGUACUCACAAACUUCAUUCAGAAAAAGAUAUCAGAAAAAAUAGACAUUCCGGACGUAUAAGAGAAUAUCGGAAAUGUCGGAAAUGUCGGAUGAUGCAACCGUAACAACGGCUACAGCAACAGCGAAUAAUAAUACUGAGCAGCAUGAUUCUUCAUCAUCAUAUCUUAUGGUAUCUGAUAGUACACGAUCCUCAUCUGAUACUUUAUCACCAAAUGGCGAAGUUACUGAUAAGGAAAAAGAUUUGAUUUCACCUCGAAAGGAAAAAUUAUGCAAAGAAUCGAAGAAACAAGCAAUGGGUGAUAUUCGUAAUAGCGAUGACCCGACGAAAUGUGUCACUGAAUCAACUGUCACACAAAUUAGCAAUGAUAAUGUUAACAAUCAAAAGCCAUCAAAAGGAUUAAAAAUGGAUGCGAAAUUAACUGAAACCAAAAAAGUUGAAAUUCUCUUUUUUUCUGUUUUUUUAAACUAA